AUGCAUGGCUCCACCCUUGCACUGAUCUUGACUGGGGUGCUCCUGUACUUAGUGAUGGGGGCACUGGUGUUCAAUGCAAUUGAGACCCCAUAUCAGGAAGCCCGCCACGUCCAACUGCAAAACACCCUUCAGGAGUUUCUAUACAACAACACCUGUGUGAACCAUAAAGAUCUGGAUACGUUUUUAAAUAAUGUGGCAGAUUCUAUCAGUGUUGGAGUUCAACCCAGCAGCAAUGCCACAUUCAGCACUAGUUGGGACCUGGCCAGUGCUUUCUUCUUCUGUGGCACCAUUAUCACUACCAUUGGUUAUGGGAACAUCUCUCCAAAGACAAUGUGGGGUCAGUUCUUCUGUAUCUGGUAUACGCUGGUGGGUAUUCCCUUGUUUGGGUUUCUUCUUGGUGCUGCAGGAGAUCGUCUGGGGACUUCGCUGAGCAAUGCCAUUGCUAAAGUUGAAGCUCUUUUAUGGAAGUGGAAGGUGAGCCCAACCAUUGUGCGUGUCAUCACCGCUGUGCUGUCCAUCAUGCUGGGCUGUGUUCUCUUCGUCUUUGUGCCAAUUUUAGUCUUCCAGAAGGUGGAAAAAUGGAGUCUGCUAGAGUCUGCCUAUUUUGUGGUUAUCACUCUCACUACUGUGGGCUUCGGAGACUAUGUUGCAGGUAAUAGUGGUGAUGAGGGUCACCAUAAUUGGUACAAGCCUCUGGUCUGGUUCUGGAUUUUAUUUGGUUUAGCCUACUUUGUGUCUAUUCUUUCCAUGAUUGGGAACUGGAUUCUGGUUCUUAUAAAAAAAACCCGUGCAGAGAUGGAGGAGUUGAGGGCACAUGCCUCAGACUGGACCCAGAAUAUUCAGAACAUGUCAGUGGAUUUUAACAUAGCUGGAAAACUGGAAGAUCCUUUCAAGCGUACCAGGCGAAAGCGGCGCCACAGGCGCCACAGACGCAGCAACAGCCAGAGUGUAUCGGGUGGAGCUGGAGAGGAUGGAAGGGGGGAGAAUGAAUCAGAAUCUGGCUCUUACUCGUCCGACGAGUCAGAAGGCAGCUCUGAGACUGAGUCAGAGGUGACAGAGACAAAACAGGUCCCGAAGGUAGGGUUCUACAAAGAUAUAGAGAAAGAGGAAAAGCCCAAAACCCCCGACAUGGCCAAAGAUCCCAUCGACUCUCAGCCCUUGGAUUACUUUGGGGAAAAUCUUGCCUACAUUGACGAGUCCUCAGAUGCGGUGAGUGGGAAGAUUCACUUGGAUCCACUCCUGGAUGUACCUGAAUCCAAUCCGGUUUCUAAAGAUAAGCCCAAAAGAAGACGUCAAAGGAGACACUGGAAAAAGGAUCCACAGAUACCCAAGUCUAUCAAAACCAGUCCAGCUGAACUAGAGAAUAUUAUGCCAAACGGAGACAUUCAGCAAAAAGACCCCUCUCCACUGAAGCUGUGAGCAAGCAAGUUGUUCAUGGGGUUUGUUAUUCCUCAAAAAAGCCUCAGUCCUCCACUUUGACAUGUAAUAUGUGUCACUGGAAUAAAGUUUUUCUACUGCUAGCGUUAGGGUAUGCUGUGCUUUACUGUGAAGGCACCUUAAAUUAUUCUCAGAUUUUACUGGGACUCUUGCCAAUAGCAAAAAAAAAGAAGACUACGGAUACCAAUGAAGUCUUAAAGUCCAAAACUAUAUGUGUGCCUAAAAUGAGAUGGGGGAAAGGAUCAGCUCCCAUCUUGGACAACUCAGCAUGAAGGAAUGAGUGAGAAGUUUUAUUGGGUAAUCAAACAGUGGUCAAAUGACCAUUAUUCAUAACUGCAUAUAAGAAAGUCAAUCAUGAUUAGAUUCUCAGUGCCAUCUACUGGACAGUUUUUGCAGUCAGAUAAACUCUCUGAUUAUAGUGACUGCACAUGCUGUGUACAGAUUCAAUUACUGUUUUAUUCGGUGUGCCUUUAGCUGCUUUCCUUUUUUUAUAAGUUGACAAUAAAGGAAUGACACCUUCCAUUUGGAGGAUGCAGAUUUUGAAUGGAUAGUUCACCCAAAAAUGAAAAUUCUGAAUUUUGCUAUCAUUUACUGACCCCCAUAUUGUCAUCUGCUCUUGUGUUAAAUGAUCACAUAAUGUUUCAUUUUUGGGUAAACCGUACCUUUAACACUCCAACUCAUCUCUACUGAUGCCUACUUUCAACAAUUCUAGGAAAUAACAUGAAACCACAUCACUGAGUUUUCCAGGAGUCACUCCUAACAAGUUUUAUUGCAAUAGAGCAAUGCAGUCCAUUACAUUAUGUGGUAAAUUUACA